AUGGGGCCCGAAACGGAUAUCAUCACUGGGCUCACCCUCUCCGGCACAUUACGAUCCCUGCUCAAGCAACAAGUUCAGUUCGAGGUCCCCAUCAACAGCCUCGCCCUUCUCUAUCUCGUGCGAAAUCCUCUGAGGCAGCAUAACGCUCGAGAUCAGCGCUGCAUCAAGACACCUGCAUUCUGCCGCUCUCUUGCUUUCAGAGCCGACCAAGACAAGACGUGCCUCACCUUGGCUUUCAGAAAGGAUCCAUCGUUCAGUUCUGCCAUCUUCCCGACUCCCGCGGACGUUCGGCUCGUUCUAAAGCAGGGCCGAACUAUCGGCCCUGAGGGGGAAGUCGAGUUCGCUGCGAGGCCUCAGUACAUGGCCUUGGUCCUUGUCCCCAACUCCGCCAACCUACUGUCUCGAAAGUUUUGCGCCAAAAGGACAAGCGUGAAUGGCAUCUCUCCGAUUUCGCCCAUUGCGCAACCAUCCCCUCUCUCUGGCACGAGAAGUGAUGAUGAGCUUAAGGACACGGUCAGCACCCACAUCUAUGGGUUUCGGCCGGAUAGUUUCAAGAGGGGUAACAACCAGAGCACGACAUCUUUGUCGAGCGCGUUCACCGAUGCGGGCACCUCGUCCUUCUCAAGUAGCGCAGUGAGCCCUACAGGGCCCUUCGCCUUCUCCCUGAUUCCGCCGUUGGCGGCUUUCUCUCAUCAGAUCACCGUCAUCUCUGGCGGCGCCGACCCCCACUUCCAGAGACCUCGUAGCCAGACGUUCCCCACGCUAGACAUCGAAUGCUUGAAUGGCUCGACUAGUAAUCCCGAGCCUGCCACGCCAAACACUAGCAACGGUAGUCUCCACUCCAACACGGUAAGCCUGUCCGCAAAUCAUUUGAUGUCGCCACCGUCGCCACGUGGCGGGUCAAGUGCCAGCUCCCCAACCCUCGAGGAUGCACGAAAAGGCCUCGAUGUCGCGCUCAACUACGUGCAGAAGUCAGUACCGCGGUACGAGGAGAAGGACCUUAUGGCCGUCAUCCGGUUCUUUGAGGGGGUCGGUUUGCGACAAUGCGCGCAAAAUAUGAAAGGCAAUGGCACCUCGAUGCAAUCGCUCAGCGGUUUAAGCCGAAUCCCCGAAGGAGGGGAGGUUGAAAUGACCAAUGCGCCCCCUACCACCUCUGCUAAGUUGGAAACUAUGAUGGUAUAG